AAUUAUUCCCACUUUGAUCUGCUGUUCGCCUGCGUUCACCUUGCGGUAUAAUGUGUGCUUGUCAUGUUUGUUCUCGCAUUCGUUUAACUCUUUAAAAUAUGUAAAUACGUAAUCGAGUGAUACGAAUUGGUGGUGGGUGCAAAACUAGCUUUUGAUUCAAUCUUCUGCAAUAGCAGAUAAUUAUAUAUCAUUAACGACGUGAGCUAUGUCAGAGAUACGCAAGAGAACGAUCGGCGAUGCGUCGGCAAUAUCACGGGAUGUUAGCGACGAUCAGAAAGAAGAUGUUGAAUCUGAAGAUGAUGCAAAAUUAGAAGUAGAAGACUUAGCAAAGAGUUUACCUCAAGGGACUGACCAUACGCCACAUAUUUUAAGUUCUGUUCUUUCUGGUCUUCCUGAUCGCUGGCGAAAUUGGAUAAUUAGAACUAUUUUUACUUGGUUCAUGAUAGCUGGAUUUUGUCUUAUUAUUUAUGGUGGUCCAUUAGCAUUGAUGAUUACAACAUUGAUUGUGCAAGUAAAAUGCUUUGAAGAAAUUAUCAAUAUUGGAUAUGCUGUAUAUAGGAUUCAUGGUCUACCGUGGUUCAGAUCUUUAUCGUGGUAUUUUUUAAUUACUUCCAAUUACUUUUUUUAUGGAGAAAAUUUAAUGGACUAUUUCGCAGUGGUGAUUAAUCGUAUAGGAUAUCUGCGUGUGCUUGUUACAUACCAUCGUUUUAUUUCAUUCUGUCUUUACAUCGUUGGUUUUAUAUGGUUUGUACUUUCACUCGUGAAAAAAUAUUAUAUGAAGCAGUUUUCCCUAUUUGCUUGGACACACGUUGCGUUACUUAUUGUUGUGACACAGAGUUAUCUUAUUAUACAAAAUAUAUUCGAAGGAUUGAUAUGGUUUAUUGUCCCUGUUAGUAUGAUUGUGAUAAAUGAUGUGAUGGCAUAUAUGUUCGGUUUCUUCUUUGGGCGAACACCAUUAAUAAAAUUAUCUCCGAAAAAGACUUGGGAGGGAUUCAUCGGUGGUGGUAUCUCAACUGUCAUACUUGGAUUGAUGAUAUCUUAUGUGAUGUGUCAGUACCGCUAUUUCGUCUGCCCUAUUGAAUACAGUGAAACUUUAGGAAGAAUGACUAUGGAUUGCGAACCAUCGAGUCUGUUCCAACCGCAAGAGUAUACAUUGCCAAACUGUCUUCAAGUAAUAUCGAGAGUGAUUAAUGGAAAAUCUACUUUAACAGUAUAUCCAUUUAUGUUACAUUCAUUGUCACUGUCAAUAUUCAGUUCUGUAAUUGGACCAUUUGGAGGAUUCUUUGCUAGUGGAUUUAAACGAGCGUUCAAAAUUAAGGACUUUGGUGAUGUAAUUCCUGGUCAUGGCGGAAUAAUGGACAGAUUCGAUUGUCAGUAUUUAAUGGCAACAUUUGUGAAUGUUUAUAUUUCUUCAUUUAUUCAUACUGCAUCACCGCAAAAACUACUACAACAGGUUUAUAGUCUGAAACCAGAACAGCAGCUUCAACUUUUCCAAACACUAAAAGAUUCAUUGGAAAAUAGGGGUAUGCUAAAUGCUUAUUAAUUAUAAGUUAAAUGUAUUUAAUGGCAAAACUGCUGCAGGGAUUAUUUUAUCUACUAAAAAAUGUUGGAAAAGAUUUUCCUUUAUCUUUUCUAAUAUUUAAAAGACGUUAUACGCAAAUGACAAUGCAAUCCAGUAAUCAAGUAAUUAUAAUAAUUUGUUGAACUAUGACAAUGAAGUUUAUUUUGUGAUUAUAGAUAAUGGUCAUCAUUAUAUGAUAGGCCUGUCUAAUUGAAAUUGAUGUGGCCAGAGAUGACAUAAUUUCUUCCCCUAAUUUUUUGUAAAAUGUAAAUAUAAUGUAUUUUGAUAUUUUAGGAAUAGAAUCUUUUCUAUCUUACUUGGUUUACUGUCCGAAUUUAAAAAAAAUAUCCGAAAUAUAAAUUUUUUUUGAUGUCACAAAAUAUUUUAUUACAUAAAGUCAAGAACUUCUUUCGUUAUGCACUGAUAAAACCUAUGAUAUAUAAAUCAUAUAUAUUGCAAUAUAGAUAAGAUGUGUAUUUUUGUGAUUAACUCUGGCCUAAGAAUAAUCAGUUGGAAAGAUCUAUCAUAAUUUUAGCUAAUUUUUGUGCAUUCCAUAUUGUAUAGUUGAAGUUCUGUCAAAUGCAGUAGUUUAUAUUAAACUAUGGCAUUGUUGCAAAUAAUUGUUGCCGUAUUAUUUUUGUCCAAAAGCUAAACCAAAGAAAAUCGCAUUAUAAAGAAUCUAUGAUACAUAACAGCAUUUAAAAUUUUUAUUUUCUAAAACAUUUACUUAUUAUUUCUGAUUGGAUAUUGCAAAACAUAGACCAAGCAUCAAAUAUAUAUUUAUUUAUGUACUCUAUUUAAACCAGGUUUCUUCAAUUAAAUUUUGUAAUAAUAAAGCGGAUCUCAACGCAGUUUCUAUUUGUAAUUGUGCAUUUAAAAUCUGAUAUAAUGAAAAUAUCUCUUGUUUGUAUAUAUGCACACAUUGUUUUUCUUUUUACUUAGAAUUUACAUUUAUAAAAAUGUUAACAAUUACGGAUAAUCUCUAUUUUGGUUAAAUGUGUCUUUCUAAAUUAAAAUUAUAAUGUUCAUUGCUAUGUAAGGGAAAAUAUUUAACCAAUAUAAUUCAUAUAUACAUACGUUGAUGUGUUAGGUGGAUGGUUCUAUUCAGAAGUUUAGCAUUAUGUUUCCUUCCAUUUUGAACGAAUAAAAUUUUUAUUCGUUCAGCGGUAUUAAUAUUAAGAUUAAUUUUUAUUUAGACUACAUUCUAAUAAAGGUAUUUCAGUUUGUUUGCAUUACUAUUCAUUUUUACUGUUAUCAAAACAUUAGCAGUAUGCGAGCAGUACCUGAAAACCGGUGAGAGAUAGCGUUGAAUAUAUUUAUUAUAUUCAGAUAAAGAUUUUAAGAUUUUCCUACCGUAAGCGUAUAUUCAAAAGUAGUUGCAUAUCCCAUAUGAAACAUCUUGCCAAUUUAUAAGAAGGCAUUGCUCGGAAUUCAAGGCUUAUUACGGGCAUUGCAGAAAUCAUUUAGCCGCUAUUCUUGUGAUUAUAGUACUUACGUUACAUACAUAAUGCUAAACUUUAAAACAUUAAUUUAUCGCGACCAUUACAUGCGUACAGAAUACGACGAAAAUUGUGACAUCCCGCUUAUACCACAAUUUUUGCCGUACUUUGUGAUACAUAGUGAGAAAGCUUAUUUAAAAUGAUUAAUCAGACAAAAAAUCUAACUCCAUUUAUUAAUUAUCGUUUCCAUCAAGCUAGAAAAUAAGAUGAAGAAAUUAAUGGAAAUGGAUUUGUCUGCCAUGUUUGUAAUAGCGUAGCGAACGACUGUGUAUAUUGUAUAAUUGAUAAAAACAUGAUCAAGCUAU